UUUUGACCAAACAGCGCUUUACUUGUCAACCUUUUCACUCCAACAAACUCUAUGAUUUGAGGAAAACGAUAUUUAUUUUAAUUUCCUUUGUCAAGUGAGCUGUGGAAUCCGAUUCACCUCCAUCUAUAUAAAGCUAGCCUGACAGUAGCUUUUGGAUCACAUCUCUCUCUCCAUUUGCUGGUCCCUUCUUCACCGGGAAUCCGACUGACGCCAGGUUCAGGGCGUUUAGCAAUUCAUAAUCUAAUUACUGUAAUUGUGAAGCAUUUAUGGCUGCGAGGAAUCUGGAGAAGAUGGCGUCGAUCGACGCCCAAUUGAGGCUUUUGGUCCCUGGGAAAGUUUCUGAGGACGAUAAGCUUAUCGAGUACGAUGCCUUGCUUCUUGAUCGAUUUCUCGAUAUUCUCCAGGAUUUGCACGGAGAGGAUCUCAGGGAAACGGUGCAAGAAUGUUAUGAGCUCUCGGCAGAGUACGAAGGGAAGCAUGACUCGAAAAAGCUGGAAGAGCUUGGAAGCGUCUUGACGAGUCUGGACCCAGGGGACUUGAUUGUAGUUGCUAAAGCUUUCUCGCACAUGCUUAACUUGGCCAAUUUGGCUGAGGAGGUUCAGAUUGCUUACCGGCGAAGGACCAAGAAGAAAAAGGGAGAUUAUACUGAUGAAAGCAAUGCGACUACUGAGUCAGACAUUGAGGAGACUCUCAAAAGGCUCGUGUUUGAUUUGAAGAAGUCUCCUCAGGAAGUUUUUGAUGCGCUUAAGAAUCAGACUGUUGAUCUAGUCUUUACAGCUCACCCCACUCAGUCUGUGAGGAGAUCAUUGCUUCAGAAGCAUGGCAGGAUUCGGGAUUGCUUAGCUCAGUUAUAUGCCAAAGACAUAACACCAGAUGAUAAACAGGAGCUUGAUGAGGCUUUGCAGAGGGAGUCGGAAGUUAUUGAAUGUGAUGCAAUUGAGGAUCAUGCUUUGAUUUUUCUUGACAUGGGUGAAUUUAUUCAAGCUGCUUUCCGAACUGAUGAAAUCCGAAGGACUCCACCUACUCCGCAAGAUGAAACGAGGGCAGGGAUGAGUUAUUUCCAUGAGACAAUCUGGAAAGGGGUCCCAAAGUUUCUGCGCCGUGUGGACACAGCACUUAAGAAUAUAGGGAUCAAUGAACGGAUUCCAUACAAUGCCCCCUUAAUUCAAUUUUCUUCUUGGAUGGGUGGAGACCGCGAUGGCAAUCCAAGGGUAACUCCUGAGGUCACCAGGGAUGUUUGCUUGUUGGCCAGAAUGAUGGCUGCUAACUUGUACUAUUCCCAAAUUGAGGAUCUCAUGUUUGAGCUAUCCAUGUGGCGUUGCAACGAAGAGCUUCGUGUUCGUGCUGAUGAACUCCACCGCUCGUCAAGAAGAGAUGCAAAGCAUUUCAUAGAGUUUUGGAAGACGAUCCCACCAAGCGAACCCUACCGUGUCAUUCUCGGCGAUGUUAGGGACCGCCUCUACCAAACCCGUGAGCGCGCCCGUCACCUAUUAGCUCACGACACGUCCGACAUUCCGGAAGAGGCAACUUACACCAAUGUUGAGCAGUUCCUCGAGCCUCUCGAGCUGUGCUACCGGUCCCUCUGCGCGUGCGGUGACCGGCCGAUUGCCGACGGCAGCCUCCUCGACUUCCUGCGCCAGGUGUCCACCUUCGGCCUCUCCCUCGUCCGCCUCGACAUCCGCCAGGAGUCGGACCGCCACACGGACGUCAUGGACGCCAUCACCGCCCACCUCGACAUUGGCUCCUACCGUGACUGGCCCGAGCACCGCCGCCAGGAGUGGCUCCUCUCCGAGCUCGGGGGCAAGCGCCCCCUCUUCGGCCCCGACCUCCCGAAAACCGAGGAGAUCGCCGAGGUCCUCGACACCUUCCACGUCAUCUCCGAGCUCCCCGCCGACUGCUUCGGUGCUUACAUCAUCUCCAUGGCCACCGCCCCUUCCGACGUCCUCGCCGUCGAGCUCCUCCAGCGCGAGUGCCACGUCAGACGGCCCUUGCGAGUGGUACCUCUCUUCGAGAAGCUGGCCGACCUGGAGGCGGCCCCCGCCGCCGUCGCCCGGCUAUUCUCGAUCGACUGGUACAAACGGAGGAUCGACGGGAAGCAGGAGGUGAUGAUCGGUUAUUCGGAUUCGGGCAAGGACGCGGGGAGGCUGUCGGCCGCGUGGCAGCUGUACAAGGCACAGGAAGAGCUCGUGAAGGUGGCCAAGGAGUAUGGGGUGAAGCUCACGAUGUUUCAUGGGCGGGGUGGGACGGUGGGAAGGGGUGGAGGGCCCACCCACCUGGCCAUACUGUCACAGCCGCCGGACACGAUACAUGGGUCACUGCGGGUGACGGUGCAGGGUGAGGUUAUCGAGCAGUCAUUCGGGGAAGAGCACCUCUGCUUCCGCACGCUGCAGAGGUUCACGGCCGCCACCCUGGAGCAUGGGAUGCACCCACCGGUGGCGCCCAAGCCUGAGUGGCGGGCCCUGCUGGAUGAGAUUGCGGUUGUUGCCACCGAGGAGUUCCGCUCCAUUGUCUUCAAGGAGCCGCGGUUUGUUGAGUACUUUCGCCUUAUUGCCGGGCACAGGGACCUUCUAGAAGGAGACCCAUACCUGAAGCAACGACUCAAACUGCGUGAUUCCUACAUAACAACCCUAAAUGUCUGCCAGGCGUACACUCUGAAGCGAAUUCGUGACCCCAACUAUCACGUCAAGCUGAGGCCUCAUAUUUCGAGGGAGUACAUGGAGUCCAAACAAGCUGCAGAACUUGUGAUGUUGAACCCCACAAGUGAAUAUGCACCUGGGUUGGAGGACACACUCAUACUCACCAUGAAGGGUAUUGCAGCUGGACUUCAGAACACCGGUUAA